UCCAAUGAAGUCGGCGCGGAGGCGGGAUAUCCUCUUUACACGGCCCUCUAGUGAAUGUAUAACUUGCACAUUUCAGUUCCUUAGUUCUUGCAACAAAUGUCAGGAAUGAGGAAAAUUGGUUCUGUUGGAACUUUGGUCGUACGUGGCAGAGCUUGUCUUGCUCGGUCUGCUACAGGAACGUAUCUACAGCCGGAGGUGUGCCCUUUAAGCAGCGAAGGACUGGGCAAUGCAUGGAGCAGGGUCACAUCCUCGUCUGUCGGUGGAAGGCGAUACUCGGAAACCUGUGGCGUUCACGAAAUCCAGAUACAUCAUUUACAGGGGGAGAACUCGGGGAUUGCAGCUGUUUUAAUGAGCAGACCUCAUGCAAGAAACUCCCUAGGAAAUGUGUUUGUUAAGCAGCUUGAAGAAGCUGUUGAAGAUUUGCGUCAAGACAAAAGUGUGCGUGUGGUACUGUUUAAAAGUCAGGUCAAAGGAGUUUUCUGUGCAGGUGCUGACUUGAAGGAGCGUGCUGAAAUGAAUAAUACAGAGGUUGGGCACUUUGUUCAUAAACUGAGAAGUUUAAUGAGCAAAAUAGCAUUCCUGCCUAUGCCCACCAUUGCUGCAAUAGAUGGGUAUGCUCUUGGUGGUGGUCUGGAGCUAGCAUUGGCAUGUGAUCUUCGUGUUGCAGCGUCUUCUGCCAAAAUGGGUCUUAUUGAAGUUACCAGAGGCCUUCUUCCAGGUGCUGGUGGUAGCCAACGGUUGCCUCGAGUUGUGGGAAUUGGCAUGGCAAAGGAACUUAUUUUUACUGGUCGCCAGAUAGAUGGUGAACAAGCAAUGUCCAUAGGUCUAGUGAAUAAUGCUGUGACCCAAAACAAUUUGGAGGAUGCGGCUUAUCAAAAGGCACUAGAUCUGGCUAAAGAGAUACUUCCGCAGGGUCCAGUAGCUGUGAGGAUGGCAAAACAGGCAAUGAACAAAGGUAUUGAGGUGGAUAUUUCAUCUGGAAUGGCAAUUGAAGAGAUGUGUUACGCUCAGGUCAUUCCUACAAAAGACCGGUUGGAGGGGAUGGCAGCAUUUAAAGAAAAACGACUACCACAUUUUACUGGAGAAUAAAAUGGAACAAGUCUCAGAUCUACAAGAUGAUUAUACCUUCUAAGUUCCAGUUACAAUAAUAGGGCUGCUUAAGUACUGAACUUUUACAGACUGCCUUUGUGGAGAUUACUGAAUUUUUCACCUGGUUUCAGCAUCAAUUAGUACAAUAUACAGUCCAAAUUUCAUCCAGGAUAAUGUUUUCACUGCAUGCAGUGAAAACAAGGAAUUAUUGCACAAGAUAAUUCUGUUAGUGAUUUGAUGCAAGUAGUCCCAGUGAUUAGUACAUCAGAAGGUAGAAAUCCUGAACAUAUGCUGCACUAGUUAGCUUUCAGUAGUACUUCUGGAAAACUGAUUUUUUGCUGGGUUGAUCAAUGUUACUUUUUAUUUUGUUCCACUCAUUCUCCUGUCUACCCAAAACAACUUCUGUUUACUCAUUUGAGACUAUGCAAUGUUAUAAGCUAUCCUCAGUGUUUUACAGCACAGUUUUAGUAUUAAUUAUUUCUAAUCUUUUUAGAUAUGGAAAUUAAUUACAUUACAACCAAGAUUAUUAUCUUUCAACAAAACUGCCACUAGUCUGAUCACAAUAAUACUACACAAAGUGAGUCGUGGCUUUGGAAAGAGGACUUUGAUAACGUGAAACAAUUGAUUCCUACUAAUGGUGACAGUAUUGAUUUCACCUGUCUCCUAUAUGGUUAACAUUUGCAUGAAAAUACAAGCAAUGUUUUAAAAAAAAAGCUAUGGUUUGACAUUUAAAGCUGUCUGUUCAAAUAAACCACAUUUUAAAUUUGA